CCUCCAGGAAGUUCAGCUGCGGUAUUUAAAGCGCGCGCAGCAGAGCAGCAACGCGUUCAGACCAGGACACCGCGCGCGCUGAGGCAACAGAUCCUCGAUCCUGAGAGCGAACAUGCCCAGGUCAUUUUUAGUGAAGAGCAAACGUGCUCACAGCUACCACCAACCUCGCAGCCUAGAGGACGACUACAUCCGACUUGAUGCCCUGCUGACCCACACCUACGCAGAGAUCCAGGGCGAGUCCGACUGCUGUGAGGACGUGAAUAAAGGUGCAGGUCGAUGCUCACCUGAGGGCAGCGCGGCGUGUACGGCCGAACAUAAAGCUCAACACUCUCCGCUCAGCUGCGAGGGCAGUGUGUGUGACCCGCCGGCCGAGUAUGAGGAGUCGGUGUGGAGACCCAGAUCCACGUCUCCUUCUCCAGAUGUGGACGAAUAUCCUUUAUCCUCACCGGAUGAUAUCCAGCCUUUCGACCUGUCCUUCCGCCCCUGCGCCUGGACCCACACUCGCUCGGAGCUCCGGCGCCUCGUCAGACCGUUCCCUCGGAGUCACGUGGCACAUGAGACGCCGUCCAUCGGAGUUUACGGCUCCACGGAGAGGAUCGCCGAGGCCUUCUUCUCCAAUCAGUCCGCGUUCCGAGGGUUCUCUCAGGAGGAGUAUGGCUCACUGGCUACGGAUCUGCUGAAGAGCCGCACGCGAGGAUAUUACCCCGACUUCAAAUCCGUCCCCGAGAACGCCGAGUUCAAAUCCGAUGUCUUGUGUACGCGACUGCAGGUUAACGGCUCUUACAAGUGCAUCAAGUGCACCAAGGUGUUUUCCACGCCUCACGGAUUAGAGGUCCACGCCCGGCGCUCACACAGCGGCACGAGACCUUUUGCGUGCGAGCUGUGUGGGAAAACGUUCGGUCAUGCCGUGAGUCUGGAACAGCACAAAGUGGUUCACUCGCAGGAGAGAAUCUUCAGCUGCAAAAUCUGUGGGAAAAGCUUCAAGAGGUCGUCCACUCUGUCCACUCACCUGCUGAUCCACUCGGACACGCGGCCGUAUCCCUGUCAGUACUGCGGCAAGAGAUUCCACCAGAAAUCCGACAUGAAGAAGCACACCUUCAUCCACACAGGUGAAAAGCCUCAUAAGUGUCAGGUGUGUGGAAAGGCGUUCAGUCAGAGCUCGAACCUCAUCACACACAGCCGGAAACACACGGGCUUCAAACCGUUCGGCUGCGACUCGUGUGGAAAAGGGUUCCAGCGUAAAGUGGACCUGAGGAGACACCGGGAAACACAACACGGCCUGAAAUAAGAGACGCUUCCUUUAAAAACAAACCCUCAGAGCUAAUUUAUAUCCUCCAUCUUCAUCCUAAACACUACCAGCAGCCCGAGUCCGGCCGCUCAAAACAAACGCUUUCCACUUUUAUUAUCAACUAAACCUGACCUUGGAGUUAUUUAUAAAAUCCGUUCGGAUGUUUAGUCUCGGCAUUUUUUAAUGACAUUUGUGGAUAAAGAAAUAAAAAAUCUUCCCCAUUUCCGU